ACAUAGUAAUCCUGUGUGAUAAACUCUUGCUGCUGCUGCUGCUGCUGCUGCUGGAGCCUCAACAACGGACUAAUGAACCCUCUAAUGUCUCUUCACCCUCCUGACAGAGCUCAAUACCCUGGGCCACCGUCUUUGUUGACAACCUCUCAGCUGGGCUGACUUGUGCCUGUGCCACCUGUGAGCUGCUAAAACGGCUCCACUUUUGCAUUCACCAGGGUAGAGCUCCACAGGCUGUGCAGCAUUUGUUUUGGACAACACCCAGUGGGACAGAAAUGUUGAGCUUCUCCAGGAGUGCUGAUGGGACUAAUCAGUGUUAGCUGAGCCGUUUCACUGAAUGAAUCCAAGUGACUCUGGUGCUUUCUGAAAUGAGCAGUGGACCCUGAGAGAACGGCUCAAGUCUGCUUUGAUGCAUGCAGUCCCGUUGUGAAACACGAUGUCAGAUGAAGCCAGCUCGGAGCAGAAGCCUUCUACAACAACAGUCAGCUCAGUUGCUGUGCAGGCUGGGGAUGCCAGUAUUGUUAUAGCUGUGCUUAAGUGUGGAAAAUGGGUGAAGCUUCAGCUAGCUGAAUCAACACCAAAUAUAUUAGAAAUUGGCAGCAAUCAAGAUGAGACUAAAAAACUACUUCAAGAUCAUGAAUUCCUCCUGUCCAAGCUGAAGGCUUUGGAAGACAAGGUAUGGGACCUGCUGCAGGAAGCAGACAAGGUUGCAGAGGAGAACAAAGAAAAGAGUCAGGUUUAUGAUGCCAUGGCAGAGACCCUUGGGGAUGCAUGGGAUGCCCUCAUCAUUAUGUUAGAGAAGCGACAGGCGCUUCUGGAACUUACUUCAGUGUUCUUUGAAAAUGCUCUGGAGUUUGCUGUUAAAAUUGACCAAGUUGAAGAUUUCCUGAAAAAUGCUCCAGAGUUUGAUAAUAUUGACUCUUUGAGAGAACUUCUUCUGCAACAAGAGCAUCAUACAAAAGAACUUCUGGAGAAGUCAUUUGCUCUUUUAAACAAAAGCCAUGACCUAACUCAAUUCAUAGAAGAAUUCAAAUGUGAGGGGCCAAAUGCAAAUCCGGAGCUGAUUCAAGGAGCCCACAGCAGCUGCUUGAAGAUUGACAAUCUCCUUGAGAUGCUGCAGGACAGGAGGCGGCAGCUGGACAAAUUCCUCAGACAUCAGCGCCAAGGGCUGGAGCAGGUUCUGCAGAUUUGUUUGUGGCACCAACAGGAGACCCAGGUAACAUCUUGGUAUAAGAAAAACAUCAGAGACUACUUUCAGAAGAAAAACUUAGGAUCAUCACUACUGGAAAAUGAAGAGUUACUUCAGGAACUUGAAGAAAUGGAAGUCAAAGUGAAAGAAUGGAAUUAUACUGUGGAGCAAUUGGAAGGUGAAGCAUUUAGGAUCUUGCUUUCAGAGGACUAUACAGAAAAAGAGCAUCUAAAACUUUCAAAUCAGAAAAUCUGUCUGUUGCAAGAAGAAGUGUGCUUCCAUAUGGAAGAAAGGAAAGCCCUUUUGCAAGAGGCCAAUGACUUUUUUCAUGCUGCUGGCAAGGUACUUGAUGGUCUUGAAAGUAUUGAGAAUUACCAUAAAAUCUCAAUUUCAGAAGGCUUGGAUUUACCUACAUUGACUCUGAAGUACAAGGAAUUGCAGGAAGCAAUUAAAGGUUGUGCAGCAACUACCAUGCAGAAGGGACGAACUUUAGUUGAUAAAGCAGAUUCUCACAGCUCUUGGGUGGCAGGAAUUCAGAAAAUGAUGGAAUAUGUUCAAAAAAAAGUAGAUCAAUUAAACAGCCAGUGUCCAGAUUAUGAAGAAUUUACUUGGAAGAAACAACUAUGGAUUGCUUCACUUGAAGAUCAUCUGAGUAAGGUGUCACAAUCAAUUAAAAAUCUCGCCCCGAUGCUCGCAGUUGGAAUGGAGAUUGGCUCGUAUUUGUGUGAGUCAGAAAGAGUUUUGAACAAGCACCUUGAACUGGCUAAACAAACAAAGGAAACUUCAUGUGAACUGAAAGCAGCUGAGGGAAUCAUCAAAAAUAUGGAAGAGUUGGAACCUGAGCAGGUGGCGGCUUUUUCUAGCAGAGCUGACUUUCUGAAUAAAGAGCUGAAAAAAAUUGAAAAAAAUAUUAGUUCAAAGCUAGAAAUUCUAGAAACUUAUGUGGCCUUUUUACAGUCAGCUGUAGAGGUGAAUGAUGAUAUUAAAAAUCUGAAGGAAUUCUAUAAUUCAAAACCCCUACCAACAAAUAGAGAGACUGAAAAUAAAAUUGCAGUAGAGUCAGCUAAUACUCAGUGGCAAAAUACUAUAAAGAAGACUUUUUGCACUGAAAAUAUGGGUUGCUGUUUUCUUAAUUUAGUAAAUGUGGUAAAUGAGAGGCUAAUAUUAGAAGUAGAAAAAUCAAUAAGAGUAACAGAAGAUAUCAUUAUUAACCUGAAUAAAGAAAGGAAAGAACUGACUGAUCUUUGGGCAAUCUGGAAUUUUAAAAUUACUCAAGUAAAACCCAUCAAGCAACAGUACCAGAUAUUUAAAGAACAACUAAAAAUCACUACCCAUGGAUUAGAGAUUCUUCAAGAGGCCCUCCAGCUUGCAGUACCAGUUGACCUUGGAAGUGACAUUUUAAUUGUUUUGGAACUACAGAAAAAGCUGAACCAAAUGAAACCACACUAUGAGCAACUGAAUGCUGAGCUUGAGUACCUGAUAAAAUUAUUGGAAUUACCAAGCCAGAAAGGAUUUCCUGUGAAAGAGAAUUCUGAGAGGAUAAGUGAACUUAUUCAUUUCCAUCAAACAGUAAAGGAUGCAAUGAUAAAAUAUGAUGAGAUUUUCAGCAAGACAGUCAAAUUCCACCACAUUAAAAAAGAACUGGAAUGUCUAUCAAAAUUAGGAGAACUGGAUAUUCCUGAAAUAUAUGGGGACCCUGAAAAUGUGCACCAGGCCAAAGCCUACCUUGUGAAUUCUCAGGAGAAACAUGCACAUAUUAGACAGCUAUAUACUCUACUUAUUACCCAGGGAGUGGAUAUCUUGUCUGCAGUGCAGCAACCUAAUUGCUUGAAUGUUUCUGUAAAGAAUCUGAAGCAAGAACUUGCUAGAUUUGAGUGUGAUAGCAUAAACUGGAGCUCCAGAGCUGAUAGGUAUGAGGAAGAACUGGCACAGUAUUUCCAACACUGCACCACUCAAGAGGAUAUAAACGAGCUCAGAGAAUCAUUUAAGGAUCUCAAAAAGAAAUUCAACAAUUUGAAGUUUAACUAUAUGAAGAAAACUGAAAAAGCUCGAAAUAUGAAAGUACUUAAAGUACAGAUUCAGCAAGUUGAUACAUAUGCAGAGAAGCUACAGAUUCUUAAAAAGAAGAUGGAUAAUUUAGAGAAGAAAGUAAUUGACCCUUUUGCAAACGAGCCUAAGGCUAAAGUUCAAGUUCUCUUGGGCUCAAUCAGUGACUUACAAAAACAGCUGAAUGAUUUUAACAGGGUUGUGGAAGAUUACAAGCACAAUCUGGAUCUCAUGGAGCAUCUGCAGCAGAUGAUGAAAGAGUGUCAAUUUUGGUUUGAAGAUGUGAGCGCAACAGUGAUUAGAGUUGGCAACUACUCUGCAGAAUGCAAAACAAGAGAAGCAAUAGAGACUCUCUAUAGGCAAUUCAAUAAGUUUAUUGAACCUGCAGUGCCUGAACAAGAAGAAAAAAUUCAGCAGAUUAUGGAUCUUGCUAGACAGUUAUAUGGGAUUGAAGAAGGAAAGAAGUAUGUAGAAAAAACUGUAUUAAAGUAUGAAGAAAUCAUGAAUUCUGUUGAUGGGUUGUGCAGGUCUCUGAGAGAACUUAAGGAGAUAAAGAAAGUUGACUUUUCUGAAGAGUUGAUUACUGUUAAGAAAGAAGAAAGAAAUGGUCAAGAAGUAUGUGAGACUGUUAAAGAUGUGGAGCAAAAGCAGCAGAUGGCAGCAGGUGAAUUGCUUGCAAAUUCAGAAAGCAUUGGUGAGAACAGCAGCCCUACUCUGUCUCCUACAGACUCUAAACAAUUCAAGGAGAGGAAUAUAUUGGCUGAUAUUUCAGUUAUCUGUCCUGCUGGUGAGGAUUUUGUUUCACAGGAUACAGAGCUGUCAUCCUCAGCCAAAGAGGAUAGUUUACAAACUGAAUUCCUGGCAGAAGAAGCACCCUCUGGAGAUGAAUAUGAGUGUAUAUCACCUGAUGAUAUAUCUUUGCCACCGCUUUCUGAGACACCAGAAUCCAACCUCUUACAUUCUGAAACAGAGCUGGAAGAGCAGUUCUGUUGUAGUUCUCAUAGCCUGCAUGUCAGUUCCUAUAGCUUGCAAAUGCAGAAAACCUCUAGAACAGUUAAACUGAUGGAAGCACCUGAUCCCUUAACAAAUUCUGCUUUUGCUGAUGCUACAAAUAAUAGAACGGAAAGCCCAUCAGAUCACUUCCAAAAGUUUUGUAUCUCUUUAACAGAUUCUGGUCCAAAAGUCAGAGCAGUAUCUCCUUUGACUUGUAGUUCACAAGGAAUAUCUGAAACUAGCACUGCUGCCUGCUCUGUAAAAGCCAAACCAGUAGAUAGCAUGAUGAGUGAAACAUGCAAAACACAUUUACAACACCUUGAACUUCUUAAAAGCAUGGCAGAAACGCAAGAAAAAUUGCAUGCCUUGAAUAACUGUACUAAACCCCAGGACAGGCUGCAUGCUUUGCCUGAUGCAUUCUCAGGUUUCGUGUUUCAAUCAGACGCCACCAGAAGCUGUCAGAGGCAGAUGGUUACCCGAGAAGAGAUUAAAAGUUCUUCAGAAAAGAACAGCAUGGCCAGCCUAACUGGACAGGCGCCUAACUUCUCCCAGCUUCUGUCUAACAAAACCGUCAUGGAAGGUUCUCCGGUAACUUUGGAAGUAGAAGUAACGGGAUUCCCAGAGCCUACACUGACAUGGUACAAGAAGGGCCAGAAACUGACUGCAGAUGAGCACUUAAAGCUUUUACAAAAGGAGACAAAGCAUACUUUGUUCAUUCAGAAGGUGUGUGAUAAAGAUGCUGGCCUCUAUGUUGCUCGGGCUAAAAAUUUGAACGGCACUACCUCCUCAAGUGCCAUUCUUCACGUGCAAGUACAAGGAGAACAGCCAAACUUCAUACAAAAGUUUGGACAUAGAACUCUGCAAGAAGGAGAAGAUUUAAUCCUGCAUUGCACUAUACAUGGAAAGCCCAAACCACAUGUCUGCUGGACAAAGGAUGACAUCCAAGUGGUAUCUGGAGAUAUCAGUAUUGAGAAAUUAGGAGACACUUAUUACCUUUUAAAAAGAAAUGUAGUCCUUGCUGAUACUGGGGAAUAUAUCUGUGUUGCCAGCAAUGAAAUUGGACAGGCACACUGUUCUGCUUUCGUGACAGUGAUAGAGAAAAACAACCCCCUCAACACUUCCAGUGUAGCUCAGGCUAAACCAGAAUGUGAAGAUGGAUACUUUUCAGAAGAAGUGAAUGUCACCACAACGGAGCUAGUACAAGCCCAGGACAAACCAUGUGAGAGAGAAGGAAGGCCAGUGGCUAAAUGUACUCCAGUAAGGUUUAAAGAGAAACUCUGGUUUCAAGGAGUGCAUCUUGAAUUUGAAAGGCCAUAAGAGAUUAACUUCAAUUUGAGACAUGAUCCCAGUUUUCUGCCUGAUGCAGUGGAGCAGCAGAUGGACUGAACUGCAAGAUGCCUGAUUCCUGAGCAUGUUUGUGUUCUUUGCUGUGUCCAUUAGUAGGUAUUCACCAUGGGCGAGGAGCAGAUGAAUUUUGGGUGCUAUCCAAUAUAUAUCUAGAUUCAAAUUUGUAUUUUGUUUCUUUACAAAUAAAUCAUAAUUAAAAUUCACCUGUGCACAGCAUUUACUAGACAGUGAUUUAUGAUUUCUUUUGGGUUUGCUCUGGAUUGCUGGGCAAAUCUAACAGAAGGUGAUGAUGGAGAAAAGAAACAUUGUCCUUCAAAAUUGCCAAUCUCCUUGGUGAUUCACUAGUACCCACUAUUGUAUUCUUCUACAAGUUUCAUCAGUGGUAUUAAUUCCAUCAAUAAGUCUUCCCAGUAGCUAAUAUAUAGAAUUAGGAUUUAAAACAAAAUUAUCUUACAACUACAAAAUUCUUCAGUGUAUUAAAUAGAGUGUUAAUUGCCAUAUUUCUAACACCUUUGAGACAUUUUUGGAGGUCUGCCACCAAAAGGAGUGGUUACUUAUAUUAGCAAACCUUGUCUAAUGCUUGCCUAGCAGCAGGAAUGUCUUCGGGGAAGAGAAAGUCUCUAAGUCAGGAUAAUGGAGAAGUCUUCCACUGCAAUGCUUCUGCUUUCAAGACUAGAUUAGUGUGACAAUGCAGUCCAUUUCCAGUUCGUGCCUGCCAUUGCAGUUCAAAGGAGAGGACUAUGAACUGAUGAACUAUACUCGUGCUAGCUUCAAAGCACAUUUUUAGUUUAGCCAAGGACUCUUCAAUAAUAGAAUUCUUUAGGAACCACAGUGUCUAUUCAGGGUAUUAAAAAAGCCCUGAACUGGAAUUGAAUCUUUUGGAUUGUAGGCCAGUCAUUAGCAUAACGAAGCAUUAACUUUGUCUUCAUCUCUUGCAUUUGGAGUUUAGGUGUGUUUUCCAAUUUAUUGCAAAGCUUCUUGUAGAGAAAGACAAGGACUUUUGCAGUGUCACCCACUUGCAGCAUUGAAAAAGGUAGUUCAGGAAGAGCUCCAUUUUGGACGACUGUUUGGCUGCUACAACAGUAAACAAAACAUUCACCCUUGUAAAUAAAAGUUCUUGAGCUUUAUCUGUCUGAUUAAGAUUUUCAAAGUUUUACCUUUGAAAAUUUUGUGAAAUCAUUCACACUCCUAUGAGUUCUGCCUUAGAUCACUCUCAGUGGCUUGGCCAACACCACAGACACACACAGAUUCCACAUGUACUGUGCAAUUCCGUGUUGUCCAACAUUCUGUCAUUCUGUACAUCGCAUUGAUUAGACCUGCUCUAGCCUUGCAUACCACUGCAGUGCACUCACAUUUCUCACUAGGAGCAGAUAGGGAUUUAAGCAGUGCAGCAUUUUUGUGCUUCAUCCAAGUAGAUGUCAUCUGUGCAAAAUUGGCACCAAAAUAACAUAUUCAAGAAUUGCUUAAAUCAUAAUAAAACUUUAGAUAUUUUUCUCCAUCAAGAUGCAGUUUGGAUAGCAGAAACUUAAAUUUAUCUCCAAGUUAAAGUACAGGCAGAGAGAGGAAAUGAGCUGGAAAAAAAUAUCAUGUACAUGUCUUCACCUGAUCACAUAAAUCACUUGCUUGACGUUAUGGAAAAGUCAGUGGCAUCCUGCCCACAGAAGAGUCACAAGGCUAUGUAUAUGUGCACAUAAAUAUAGUAGCUGCAGACUGAGGUACUUGCUCUGCAUAUUUACUCUGUAUCUCUCACGGAUUUUUCCAAAAUUGAAUGAAGACAAGUGUCAAACAUCUUACAGAUCUUAUGAAAUUACCUCUCCCAACUAAGUCAGUCAUUUGCGUGUAUUAUUUAGAUUUAGAAAUGUCAUUGAAAAUACUGUGUUUCUAACUACUCACGUUCAGAGGACUGAAAAAGUACAUAUCAGAUGUCCAUCCCCUUCUUACCCCCAAAUUAUAAACCCCCUAAAAUUAAUGUUCUUUUCUCAGCUGGAACCUUUUAGUGUGGCAUAUAUGAUUCCCUAUUUAGAAAUUCAUUCUGUAAAAAUGAAAGUAUAGAAUUCAAUGCUUGCCGAUCUUGGAUGCUCAUCAAAUUUAAAGUAUUGGGUUCUUUUCGCUUUUCCUUCAUAAUUAGACUAUGACAAAAAAUUUAAUAUUUGAGGGUUUUUCCUCUUGAUUCACAAAACCUAACUCAGGAAAAAAGUUUCAAUGUUUCUUUACAUAAUACAUGAGGCAAACCAGAAAUCUGUGUAUCUGUUCUUAGUUAUGGUUUUCUUACAAAAUAGUAGAAAGUGGUGUUUAUAAAUAAAUAAAGAUCUAUCAACUUUGUUUGGCCAAUGAGUAACAGAGUUAUUGCUUCAAAUGUUCCCAGAGAAUGGAUCCAUUAUGAAAAAUGGUGUGUUUGUUUCUUUUAAUUUUACAAAUCAUUGAUGUCCACAGAUUUGUUAAAAGGUUUCCAAAAUUGAUGAAAUAUAUGUAUCUAUUAAAUGCUAUGGACUGACUCAAUGCUAGAUAAAACUUGUUUCCAGUACAAUGAUGUUAAUUACUGUUUUGUGGAAGGAAAUGGAACACUUGAUCAGUGUGUUCUUUACUCUGGGGACAGGUUUUGUUAGUAGGGCCUGCUCUCUAAAGUGAAGUGCUGAGAAGGCAAAUGUUUUUCUUUCUUCCUUGUUCCAUGUAUGUAAAUGUAUGAGGAUGAUACAUAAAGGAAUAAUACACAAGGAAAACUU